AUGUGUCCCAACACCCCCUAUUUGACAUCCCCUCAUUCGCCCACAUACCACCUCUCACUCCCCCAAAUUUUAACAUCCAUUUCAGCUGAAAACGACCCACCUGUAGACCGUCGGAGCUACACCUCCGCCACCAACGACCACCUCCAGUUCUUGCCCUUCAUGAGAAAAAUGUUAUGGGGAACAAAAGGUUUUGCUGUGAUGAUGGCGGCGGAGACUACCAUAGCCACCACUCAACCACCACCGGAGUUAACCGAUGAGAUGACGGUGAAGAAGGUUCAUAAAAGGUAUGAAGGAUUAAUGAUGGUACGGACAAAAGCAAUUAAGGGUAAAGGAGCUUGGUAUUGGGCUCAUCUGGAGCCUGUAUUGGUUCAUAAUCCUGAUUCGGGUUUACCAAAAGCCGUCAAGCUCCGGUGCUCCUUAUGCGCCGCCGUGUUCUCCGCCUCAAAUCCAUCAAGAACGGCGUCGGAGCAUCUCAAGAGAGGAACUUGUCGGAAUUAUAACCCUGACACUAAUCCAAGACCGAUUUCAUCCAUCUCACCUAUCGGAAUCGCCACUUUGUCUUCCCCAACCUCGUCGUCUUCGCCUCAUCUACAGCAAAACCACCGCAAACGUAACUCUUCCGGCAAGCGUAGUGGCCACGAUGACGGUAGCAAUGGUGCUAACACCAGCUCCGCCACCCCUUCUCCAACUUACUCGGCUGCUCCUGUUGCGAUGAUUGAACCGGCUCGAUUUCCUGGCGACGUAUCCUAUCCGAACCGGAAUGGUUCCGUACCAGCAUUGCCGACGGCGACUGUGGUGAAUGCAAGCGGCGGUGGAUUGUAUUCUCAGCAGCAGCAUGUGAUGUUAUCAGGCGGGAAGGAGGAUCUGGAUGCUCUGGCGAUGUUUGAAGAUAGUGUGAAAAGGCUCAAGAGCCCGAAAUCAUUACCAUAUCAAACUUUAACAAAGUCCCAAAUCGAUUCAUCACUCGAAUUAUUAGCAGAUUGGGUGUAUGAAAAUUGUGGGUCAGUUCCAUUUUCAAGUUUGGAGCACCCAAAAUUCAAUAGUUUCUUGAACCAAAUCGGAUUACCAGCGGUGACCCGUAGUGACUUCGCCGGAGAACGACUCGAUUCCAAGUACAAAGAGGCAAAACGAGAAUCCGAAACUCGAAUUCGCGAAGCCAUGUUCUUCCAAAUCUCAUCAGAUGGGUGGAAAUCAAAUAGUAAUAAUCAUCAUCCAGGUGAAUUCGCAAAUUUGGUGAAUUUAUCUGUUAAUUUGCCAAAUGGGACUGGUGUUUUUAGACGAGCUGUUUUCACAAGUGGUUACGUUUUCCCAAAGUAUGCUGAAGAUGUUUUAAUGGAAACAAUUAGUGAAAUUUGUGGGAACAUUUCGCAACGAUGUGUAGGGAUUGUUUCUGAUAAAUUCAAGUCUACAGCGUUAAGAAAUCUCGAAAACCAACAUCAUUGGAUGAUCAAUCUCUGUUGCCAAUUUCAAGGAGUUUAUGGUUUGAUUAAAGAUCUUAACAAAGAACUCCCAUUGUUCAAUAUUGUCACCGAUAAUUGUUUCAAAAUAGCAAACUUCAUGAACACCAAUUCUAAAGUCAAGAACUCUUUCCUCAAGUAUCAGUUGCAAGAAUACAGUCGUGCAUGGUUGUUGCGAGUACCCAUUUGUGGAAGUGACGUAAGAUAUGCGUUUGCAUUCGAACCUGUGUUUAAUAUGAUUGAAGAUAUAUUAAUCUCAGCAAGAGCAUUACAAUUGGUUUUGCUUGAUGAAGGGUAUAAGAUAGUUUCAAUGGAGGAUCAAGUUGGUAGGGAGGUCGAAGAGAUGAUGAGGGAUUCUCAAUUUUGGAAAGAAUUAGAGGCAGUUCAUUCAUUAGUGAAAUUAAUCAAAGCAAUGGCUGAAGAAAUCGAGAAAGAAAAGCCACGAAUUGGGCAGUGUUUGCCACUCUGGGAAGAGCUUAGAUCGAAAAUCAAGAACUGGUGUGUGGAGUUUCAGAUCAAUGAAGCGCAUGUAGACGAGGUGUUCGAUAAAAGGUUUAAGAGAAACUAUCACCCUGCUUGGGCAGCUGCAUUCAUACUUGAUCCGUUUUAUCUGAUAAGAGACACAAGUGGGAAAUACUUGCCCCCUUUUAAAUACUUAACUUCUGAACAAGAAAAAGAUGUUGAUAAGCUUAUAACAAGACUUGUUUCAAGAGAAGAAGCUCAUAUUGCUUUAAUGGAGCUUAUGAAAUGGAGAACAGAAGGACUUGAUCCUGUAUAUGCACAAGCAGUGCAGUUGAAACAAAGAGACCCAAUUACGGGUAAAAUGAGAAUAGCUAAUCCACAAAGUAGCAGGUUAGUUUGGGAAACUUAUUUAACUGGAUUCAAAUCUUUAAGAAAAGUUGCAGUGAGGUUGAUCUUUUUACAUGCCACCUCAUGUGGGUUCAAAUGGAAUUGGUCAUUUUCAAAGAGGACUCAAUCAAGAAACUCAAUUGAAAAAGCUCAGAAGUUGAUUUUUAUUGCUGCUAAUUCAAAGAUUGAGAAAAGGGGUUUUGCUGAUGAUGUUGAUGAUGAUGAUGAUAAAGAUUCAGAGUUCUUUGAGGUGGCAAAUGGUGAUGAUGAUGUGCUCAAUCAAGUUUUGUUUGAUGCAUCUUCAUUAUAA